AUGGCCCACAACACCAACCCCGGCAACUUCUCCAACCGCCCCCACGAGGAAGUGCAGAACAUCGCCCGCAAGGGCGGCCAAUCCAGCCACUCGGGCGGUUUCGCCAGCAUGGACGAGGAUAAGCAGCGCAACAUCGCCUCGAUGGGCGGCCACGCCUCCAGCGGCAGCUUCCAGCCGGGUGACCCGCGCGCCCGCGAGGCCGGCCACAAGGGCGGGCAGCACUCCGGCGGCAGCUUCGAGCCCGGCGACCCCCGUGCCCGCGAGGCCGGGCGGAUGGGGGGCUCGCGCACCGCGGACACCCCGGAGGAGUGA